CUCUUUUCAAUCACAACCUAAUAACGGUUAACAAAUUCAAAACAACAUAACCUCGCCACGGUGUUUUAUUUUCGUUAGCCUUUUUGUCCAUCGAGAAGCUUUGCGUUGGAGCGAAUCAAUUCUGGAACUAGGAUACAUAUGUCACCAUACCGCGCUCUCCUUCUCUCCCUUUCAAGUGUUAUCACGUGCGUGAGCUAAAUUCUACAAUCAGUGUAGGGUUGCACAAACAGAUUUAGGUUCCAAACUGUUUCAUUUCUCAGCGAGAAUGUUGUGAAAACUCGGUCUGAUAGAGGUCAAAUAUUGAGAUAAUUGGAACUGUGAUGAUGACAAGAGGCGGGAAGAAGAACUUUUGAGAAAUACCUUCUUCUGUGACCUUUAAUAACCGGUGGCUUUACUGCCUUCAUCCAUAUGAGAAGUUUCCCCUGAGCUCGAGACAUCUGCCGCGCACUCUGCGUGUCCAAACUCUCUGCCACCGGGAAUAUUACGCGCGUUUUUGUCAUAGGUUGUUGUAUUACCACAUUGGGAAAUAUAGGGCGAUUGUUUCAUGGUAGACUUGGGUUGCAUGCAUCAAUGCCAAGAAAUUUCAUUAGGGGAACUUUGCCCAAGGAAAACGAGAGCCAUCUGUGUAGGAUGGAGCCGGUGGCCAAGGAGAGAGGGACAACAGAGAACGGAGGCAGCUCCUCUACGAGGGAGCAACGCUCCUCCUGCUCCAGCCUCAAGAUGUUCCUUGUGGCCCUAUCGUUUGCCUACUUUGCCAAGGCCUUGUCUGGCAGCUACAUGAAGAGCACAAUAACCCAGCUGGAGAGGCGCUUUGACAUCCCCAGUUACCUAACAGGCGUCAUCGACGGGAGCUUUGAGAUAGGUAACCUGUUGGUGAUAGCAUUCGUGAGUUACUUUGGUGCAAAGCUGCAUCGGCCCAAGAUCAUAGCAAUGGGCUGUGUACUGAUGGCAGUGGGAACAUUCAUCAUCGCUCUGCCACACUUCCUCAUCGGACGCUAUAAGUUCGAAACGUCAAUCCGAUCGUCAGUGAAUUCAACCAAUAACCUCUCUCCAUGUCCAGCGCGCCUGUUGUCACCCUCCUCGCAAGCUUCGGGUGACCCGCUUUCUGAGGCACCAAGCACAGGGACAGUAGGUUGUGAAGGAGAGUCCAACCUCUCCAUGUGGAUCUAUGUGUUCCUGGGGAACGUCUUACGAGGGAUCGGGGAGACUCCAGUGCAGCCCCUUGGGAUCUCGUAUAUAGAUGAUUUCGCCAGGGAGGAAAAUGCUGCAUUUUACAUUGGCUGCGUUCAGACCAUAGCAGUCAUUGGUCCUGUGUUUGGCUAUUUACUGGGAUCCCUGUGUGCCAAAAUAUAUGUGGACAUUGGAUUUGUCAACAUGGAGAGUAUCACCAUAAGCCCUGGUGAUGCUCGCUGGGUGGGGGCCUGGUGGUUAGGUUACCUUAUUGCUGGGGUAAUCACCCUGCUUUCAGCCAUCCCCUUCUGGUUCCUGCCCCGUUCCCUGCCCAUCCCAUCAGACCGAGGCCCAGCCCAGUGCACCCCAGAGCGUACUAGCUUCAUCAAAGACCCCCCUCUCCUGGAGCAUAAGUACCAAGCCGACGAACCAGCUGGCUUUCUGGAGAUGGCCAAAGAUUUCAUACCAACGUUGAAAACCCUCCUGGGGAACCCAGUGUACUUCAUCUACCUGUGUGUGACCAUCAUUCAGCUGAACUCUCUCAUCGGCAUGGUAACCUACAAGCCCAAGUACAUAGAGCAACAUUACGGACAGUCAGCAUCAAAAGCCAAUUUCCUGAUGGGUACAAUCAACAUCCCUGCCGUGGCGUUGGGAAUUUUCACUGGCGGCCUGCUCAUGAAGAGGCUGAAGCUGAGCAUCAUGGGAGCAGCCAAGUUUGCGUUCGGCACUUCUCUGAUAGGCUACUUCCUAUCCCUCUUCUUCUUCGUCAUGAGCUGCGAGAACAUCAAAGUGGCUGGGAUCACGCUGCCCUACAACAGGGUGGGUGGUGUAUCGUAUGAGGAGCGCUCAGUAUUCUCAGCCUGUAACUCCGACUGUGUUUGUUCAGGCAGAGACUGGGACCCUGUCUGUGGAGAAAACGGCAUCACGUACGUCUCUCCCUGCCUGGCUGGCUGCCAGACCUCCACAGGAUUAGGGAAGAACACGGUGUUCUCUAACUGUAGCUGUGUGGUGGCAGCAGGAAUGAGCAGUGGGAACCUGACAGCCAGUGUAGGCCACUGUCCUCACAGAGACAACUGUGACCGUGUCUUCCCUUACUUCCUGGCUCUUUCUGUCAUCACUUCCUUUAUCAUCUCCCUGGGUGGCACGCCAGGCUACAUGGUCCUCAUCAGGUGUAUCAAGCCUCAACUGAAGUCCUUAGCUCUGGGGUUCCAUACUCUGUCCACACGUACACUUGCGGGCAUCCCAGCGCCCAUCUACUUUGGGGCGGUCAUCGACACCACGUGUCUGAAGUGGGGCCAGAAGAGAUGCGGAGGGAGAGGAGCCUGUCGGAUAUACAACACUACAGCAUACAGGAUAGCUUACCUGGGUCUGACUAUGGGCCUGAGGACAGUUUCCUUUCUGCUGUGUAUACUGGGAUUCGUGCUGCUCAAACAACACCUGCGGAGAGAGGAAUGCAGUGCCCACCAAGUGGCCAAUGGCGGAGCAGAACUGGAGGCACUCAGGAAAGAGGAGGUCCUAGCCUCCAACUCGGACCAAUCGCUACAGACUUCCACAACAGACUACAACAACACAGAGAGAGAGACACGGCUGUGACAGUUUGAGACAAUCUCCCCUGAUCCCUCACGUUACUCACAGACACACACAAACACUAGAUUUGCAGGAACCAACAACGGGCUGUGCCUGACCAUCUCAUCUCAUAGAACAUAAAUUAUGUAUUUGUACUGUACCUGUCUAGGUUAUGUAUAUUUAAAAAUAUACAGUUGAAGUCAGAAGUUUACAUACACCUUAGCCAAAUACAUUUAAACUCAGUUUUUC